AUGGCGCCAUCAUAUGAUGACGAGCGCUUGAGAGCGAGGCGCAUAAGGGAUGCUGCCUCGGUCAAAUUACGAUCAGGCAUGCUCAAGCAUCUGUCACAGGAACUCGUCGACAUGAUUACGGAAAACAUGGUCAUGGAGCUGGCUGCUGUUCACUCCCAAGAGAUAUUCUCCUCGAUGAGGUCCACAAACGGUUUCAAAUAUAGGCUCGAUCUAAGGCAAGAUAUCUACGUGAGAUAUCGUGAAAUCGAAGGCGUUACCUAUGUUCAAUGGUUGUCGAAUACGAAUAUGGGCGGCAAGGGACCGUGUAUAUACAGGGCCCGAAGAGAUGAGAAAGUAAAAGCCCUAUGGGUGGCUUUCGAUCAACUCGGCGUCAGGCGAGUCGAUCUUAAGGAGCACCCCGUCGAGAUUUCUCUUGGGGUUGGUUCUCUGCCGUUUUGGAAGGUGAUAAGACCUGAUACCGAUGAACAGACCUUGGUCUGCAUCCACGAUGUUCGUUCCUCUCCAUCGCUCAGUUGCCCACCAUGGGGCCAUGACUAG